AUGGCACAAUUCCUGGACAGCAAGCAUUUCUUGAAAAAAAUGGGAGUAAAUUUAGGAUCAAAUGCCACUUCACUGCAAGGGAGCCCAUCUUUGCAGAAUGAUUCCAUAACAGAUUUUGAAGCUGAUGAUGAAUUGUUGGUUACCAAUAUCAACCAGACACAGGAUUUACUGAGACUUGAGAAUACGGCAGUAUUGUCUGCUGGGUUAAAGGCCACAGAUGACUGGAUUAAAGUCUACGGUUUAGAAAACAAGCAUCUCUCAUUAAAUGAUCUAAUAAAGAAAGGCAGUGUUGUGCUAAAUGCAAGUGAUCCAGCAGAGCAUAUUGCAUUUACUAAGGAAGCUGUUAAAGAUUUUGAAUCUCAGUUGCGUGAAACUGUUGAUCUAUAUGACAGACGAAUUGAGUGGCUCUUGCAGGGCAGCAGGAAGAUGUUUGGUGUUAUUCAAGGGAAAAAUACUGGCGUUCUGGUUGAUGCAUCAGAUGUAAGUUGUGGACCACGACUGCGUGAUUUCCAAAGAGAUCUUCUGUCUUUAAUAGAUGAGCAGCUGUGUUACAUGAAGAAAUUAUACUUCAUUUCAUUUGGGACCGAAUUGUCAUCACUUUGGGAAGAGCCAAAAGCUAUUGAUAUGAAUGUUUUACAUGAAGCAAGGCAGUGGGUACUGGAACUGAAGCCCAGUGGAGGCUGCAAUUUGUUAAAAGCAUUGAAGAAAGUCCUUGUAGUCAAAGAACUGGAUUCACUGGUGAUUAUCAUAGGAAGCUGCCCAGAUCAAGCCUCGGAAAUCUUGUCUGAUUAUAUCCAACAGUGUACAUUGGGGAGACAGCUGCUGGUCCAUACUGUCACCUACGACUGUAGUAGUCAAGUGUCUCCUGGUUUUCUAAAGGCCAUAGCAGAAGAUGUGGGAGGCCGUUAUCACUGUUAUUCAACAAGGAGAGAGAAUUGUGACAGCAGUGGUAUUCAGCUGAUCCUUCAGGAACGUCAAAAAGCCGAGGACUUGCUCAAUGUCAUAAAUGAAAUCUACAAGGGCAGGAUGGGCGACUCCCUUUUUAAUGCAAUGAAAGAGGGUUCCAUGGAGUGUUUGAAGGUUCCCUCUGCCACUUGCUUGCUGAAGCCGCCGACGCAUGAGAGUCCUCUUGCAAUACAAAUCUCAAACGUUUUGGCCAAAUCUUCAUCCGAAUGGUUAAAAAUGAAUGGACUGAAAGCCAAGAAAUUAAGCCUUUACCAAGUUUUGGCACCAAAUGCUUUUUCCCCUGUGGAAGAAUUUGUGCCGGUCCUUCAGAAAACAGUAUCGUCUACUUUACAUGAGAAAGCAAUGACCCGGUUUGAAUGGCAUGACGGGACUAUUAAAAAUAUUCACGUAGAUCCACCCAUACUGUAUGACUACCAGAAACAGCUUGGCAGGAUGGUGAGGAUGUAUGAGAGACGUAUUGACUGGCUUUCCAGAGCUAGUAGAAGAAUUUGGGGGACUGUUUGUGACAGGAGGGUUGUUAUACUUAUUGAUGUCUCCAAAACAAACUCCAUGUACAUCAUUCAUGUCCAACAUUCCCUGAGACUUUUACUUGAGGAGCAGAUGUCAAGCAAGGAUUUCUUCAAUAUAAUAGCCUUUGGAAGUGAUGUUAAGGCAUGGCAGGCAGAAAUGGUUCCUCCACACCCAGACAACCUACAAAGUGCCUGGAGAUGGGUACUGACUCUCCAGUGUGAAGGCACUAGAAAUGUUAUAAAUGCCCUGAGAAGAGCUGUGGAGAAUGACUUUAAAGAUAAGGACAAACAUUCAUCCCAAAGCCUUUACCUGCUUACUACUGGAGUCCCUGACCAAGAGAUGCACACAAUUUGCUCUUACAUGGUCGAGGUCUGUGGCAGCUGUGAUUUGCAGCUGCACAUCUGUCUGUUCACCGUCAAUGGUUUUCCCCUCGAUGAUGACAUCCCACCGCGCUAUGCAAGUCCGAAUGAAACAGCUGUCAUUUUAAAAGAAAUCACUCAGGCUGCCAACGGCCGAUUUCAUUGGUUUGGAGAAACAGGCAUCUAUGAAAGUGAUGAUAUCAGCAUUAUCCUAUCCGAAAUGGAAAAAGCCGUCAACUAUUCUCACAAGUGUGCCUUAUUAGUGGAAACCUUAAGGCAACGUUCAGGCUGUCGAGUGGCUAAUCAGGCAAUGCCUGACGAAGACCUAACAAUGUUGAAGAAACAGAGGAAGAGCAGGCCAUCAAAACUCCCAUCUCCAAAGCUGACGGCUCUCACUCUUGCCAGAAUGAACUUAAGAGACCACCAUGAUGGGGACAGAAAUGGCACAAUAAAAGCUCUCCUGUGGCGUCCUCCAAGUGCAAAAGCAGAAAUUCCACCAGUACAGUCAAGCAAAUUUUUUCUGACGAGUGGAAAAAAGAAACAGAACUUAAAGUCAAAAAAACGUCCGGAGGUUUCUUUCUCAUUAUUUUAUACCGACAGAGGAAAAAGCGUAGGUGCAGUUUAUAAAAAAUAUGCAUACUCCAAAAAUGUGAGAAAGUCAAUUCCUGUGCCCGUUUUGCCUCUUGAAGAAGAAAUAUGCUCCAGCAAAGAGUGGCUGAGCAAAUUCAGCAUAAAGAAAUUGAAGCUAGAGUUACCAAGUCUCAUUUUUGGACCCGAGUGCAUGCAUCAGAAGCAAAUGGUGGAAUCUUUGCACAAGAAAGUGACAGCAAAAUACUGUGACAUCUUCCCUAGUGUAGAAAUGCACGGUAUUGUGAAACAUCUGCAGGUUCAACCCAGGGAUUUGGAACAGUACAUUGAGCAGAUGGAAAGAGUGUUGCGGUGCUAUGUUCGAAGAGUACAGUGGCUUCUGUCAGGAAGCCGCCGAUUGUUUGGUGUCAUUUUGGAAAAAAAUGUUUGCAUCCUGAUCGAUACGUCUGGUUCCAUGGACCAUUCCUUAGAGAAGGUCACCAAAGAGCUCACCUCCCUUAUCUGGGAACAAUUAAGGAAGAAUAAUAUCAAGUUCAAUCUGAUCAACUUUGCAGAAGAUGCUGAUGUUUGGCAAGAGUGCCUUGUGGAGGCCACAAAUGAAGCAUGCCAUGACGCUGUGCAGUGGUUGUCAAUGUUUAAAGCUCAUGGGAAUACAUCCAUCCUCAAGGCCUUACAGAGAGCUUUCAGCCUUCAAGAUGUAGAGGCUCUGUAUGUUCUGACUGAUGGAAAACCAGACACCAGCUGCAGUUUGGUUCUGAAUGAAAUCGAAAUGCUGCUGAAGAAACGAGCAGUUAUAAUCCACACUAUCUCGUUUAAUUGCUCAGAAAGAGGAGCAAAUGACUUUCUCAAGAAAGUGGCAUUCCAGACAGGCGGACGCUACCAUCGGUGCCAUGGGGAUGUGGACGGACAGGUGGCAGCUCACCGACUACUAUCAGAAGGCUUUAAAGAUGAGGAUGAUCCAGUUUUUCCCUUAUUUGAAGGAGAUGAUUUAAAGAAACUCACUGAUGAAAUAGCAAAAGCUAGGAGCUAUUUAAUGCAGGCCAAGUUCUUUAAAUCGCUUUUAGAAAAAAGGAAGAUAAACCAGAAGGAUCGCUGCUCCUAAAACAGUUGCUUCCAGAACUCUGAGAUGGCAAAGGAGACUUAAUGGAACUAUCGGCACAUUGUCUAGGAUGGCAAACAUUUCUUCGUGCAUGCACACGUGCUAAAAUGAAAGCGAAUGCACUUUUCAGACAGUUGAUUUUUUUAAUUUUUCGUAUUUCCCUCAAAUAUUUGUGCCAUCUCAAGCUAGAGGGCAGCAUGAGCAAUUCCAAAUAUUAGCAAGACAAAUGCCCAAUUCAACCCCCCAUUAGAUCAGGAAAAAAGGUUUGAAGACUUCAGUAUGAUUAGCCCACUGGGGUGCAUUUGACACAAUGUGCUGGCAUCUUCAGCUUCAGUGAACUGAAUGAGACUAUCUGAGUUCCUGUUUGUUUCAGUGGAGGGUUUGCACAGAGAUUUCUAAUGCAUUGUGUAUAUUGCAAAAGCUUUAGGAGUGCUCUCCGGAGCCUUUUGAAGAAGUGCACUUGAAAUCAUCAUCUAAGUUGUGGGUGCUAAUGGUUUCUACAAACAAACGGCAUCCCUCUAGUUCCUAAAGCAGGACAACAUAUUGUUGCCUCAGUGCAAUUUCAAAGAGACAUGCUAGCUGUCCUCCUCCUAGGCUGUCCACUGGCCAGCAGAAUGGAAUCACAGAACCUGUGGAUUGGUUAUACAUAUGCAUUAUGUGGCUUUAAAGCUGAGGGGAGGUUUUUGAAAUUCUGGCCAGGAAUUUCUAGGACAUGGCACUAGAAAUGGAACUAAAUCAAAGCAACAUACGCUGAAGCCUAGCCACGGAAAACAGCUAUAUAAUUUGCCAACUGCCAUAUGAAAAAUGGUUUAGCUAGCAAUUAACUGCUCCAUGUGGGGCAUUCCCUCCCUGCUUCCUUCUCCAUUUAUUUGACUCACCAAAGAAAUGAGGGGAAGAUUCUGCCAUUUUGCUUUGUAAAAGAAUAUCACCUUUCUACUCUUGGAAAAGGAGUCCAGUCCUUGGCAAAAUGAACCAACUAAUUUAUGAAUGUGAUUAUGUGUUCUAUACUACCGGAAGCCCAGAUAAUUUGAUAUGUUGUAAAGCCUAUGCGGGGUAUCCAAUGUUGGUCAGAGUAGUCCCAUUGAAAUAAAUAGAUUUAAGUCACUUAAUGUACAUUGAUUUCAGUGGUGCUGCUCUUUGUGUGACUUUGUUGGAUAUACCCUUUAAAAAAAUUAAAUAUUAAGAUUACAGCCUUUGUUAAUGUUUUCCAAAGGAGAGGAGUAAAGCUUUCAC